AUGCAAGCCAAUUCCACGUCUUACUCGCUGCUGGAAACGCUAGGGGAGGGGCAGAGCGUAGACGAGGAGAAUCAUGCGCCCGAUGUGGGCGACCAGCUGACGCUUGACGACAAGAAGUUCACGCGGAUGUGCGAGGAUGGCAACUGCCGCUUCGGAGCCCGCUGCAGCUUUGCUCACGGCGAGCGGGAGCUGCGGGAGCAUGUGCACGAUGAGGCAGCGGUGUUGGCGGAGCUGGCAUCCAAGGGCCAGCGCCCCAUGUAUGGCCCCGGCCCCAACAGCCCCAUCCCGCCAGCGGCAGCGCCGCCGCGCCAGUACAGCGUUGGCGCCGGCAGCAACCGCGGCGGCGGCGUGGGCAGCCCGCCUGCGCGGCGCCUGCCAGCGCCGCCGCCGCCGCCGCCAUCUGCCUCUGUGGCGGUGGGGGCUGCCGACGUGGGCGCUGUGCCCAUGAGCAGCGCCAGGCUGGCGCAGUACCUGGCGGCAGCGCAGCUGGGGGAUGACGAUGCGCAUGUGCCGGAGGCUUUCAUCUGCCCCAUCACACACGUGGUGCUGCAAGACCCGGUGGUGGCGGCCGAUGGCUUCACUUAUGAGCGGGAUGCCAUCCAGUCCUGGCUGACCAAGAACCGCACCUCCCCCAUGACGGGCGAGCAGCUGGCCGACGCGCACCUGGUGCCCAACCACACGCUGAUGGCGGCCAUGCGGCAGGUGCUGGGAGACGGCGCGUGCAGCUUGCGGCGGCAACAGUAG